AUGGAGACCCACCAGGUGUCCAGGAGCCCCCGGGUGCGGCUGCUGCUGUUGCUGCUCCUGCUGCUGCUUGUGCCCUGGGGCGACCGCACAGCCUCAGGAGUCGCCCUGCCCCCAGCCGGGGUUCUCAGCCUCCGUUCCCCAAGCCGAGCUUGGGCGGGAACAGCCACCCAGCUGUCGCGGCGGAGCCUGGCCCUGGCGGACGACGCGGCCUUCCGGGAGCGCGCGCGGCUGUUGGCCGCCCUCGAGCGCCGCCACUGGCUGAACUCGUACAUGCACAAGCUGCUGGUGCUGGAUGCGCCCUGA